AUGCGUUUCCAGGCUCCCCAGCUCGGCGCCCUCGGCGUGGCAUAUACCACGAUGCGGAUCGCCCAGUUUGUCUCACUGGUCACAGUCAUUGGUCUCACGGGCCAUUUCAUCGACGAGAUCGUUGUCAGCCAGCGUGCUGUGCCGGAGGUGCUUGUCGGCACCAUUUCUGUUUCUAGCAUUGCUGUCCUCUACGUCAUGAUCUCGUACAUUCUUUACUACGACAGCCUUCUGCCUCUUCUGCUCGGCAGCGGCGUCGACUUCCUCAUGCUCAUCGCAACCAUUGUCGUCGCUGCCACGCUCGGAAAGCCGGGUCCCCUAUCCCUGCUCAGUUGCGACGUGCUGCCCGCAAAGGCAGCCAGCCAGGCCGUUUCGACAUUGACCUUCUCCGUCUCCAACGGCGGCAACGGCCUCAAUCUGAGCUCCGGCUCGUACGCAGCCCGCGCCGCCGCUGCCGUUACAGCCGCCUCCUCCGCCAAUCCUCGCCCCCUUGACCUCCUCGCCUUCUACGCCCAAGACCAGCCGCACUGCUACGAGGUCAAGACCAUCUGGGGCCUCAGCAUCGCCUUGUGCGUGCUGUUUGCCUUUUCCUCGAUCGUCUCUGCGGGCCUGUGGCGCCGGAUCAAGGGUCCCUCGUCGGCGUCUGCCCCGAGGAAGGACAUUGAGGGUUAG